AUGUAAAAGCUUAAAUACCACAAGCAUAAGGUGAACGCACUCGUUAGCCCCUUGUUAAGCUGCCCUUCAGACCGUCUGCAUCCUUCACCACCUGCCUGGCCAUGUUACGCGUGUGUUUCCUCCUCCUGGGACUGGUGGCGGCCGUCCACGGUGCGUGCUCUGCCCCCUUUAUGGAGGUGGGAGAAGGAUGCUACUACUUUUCCUACAAAGAUGACCUGAAGAUGAAUUGGAUGGAGGCGCGCACACACUGCCAGUCCCUCGCGAGCAGGGCUGAUCUGGCCGUGCUCGACUACAAAUGCUUCGAUUACAACCACGUGGCUAAUUACAUAAUCAUGGAAGACAUCCACACGACCAUGGAACCUAUGUACGUCGGAGCUGACGGGUAUGAGGCCUCUUGGUUCUGGGUUGAUGACCGUGCCCUCAGUGCUAACGCCAUCUACUGGUUCGAGAAACAUCCGACUAUAGACCCUGGCUGCGUUUUCCUGUACCCGGCAAAGCCACACACCUACAAGAAGAUUUUCCUUAGCAAGGGUGCCUGCACCGCCAUCAGGUACUUCGUGUGUCAAAGUGAUGUUAACGCCUUCCGCUAAUUGAAUGUGAUGUAAGACUUGCUGGUACAAUACAUGGCUGUUGUGUGA